AUGCCCGGCCUUCCGGAUAACUGGGAGUGGGACUAUGACGGCAAGCGGUGGUUCUACCGGUACAAGCCGACCGGGUUAAUCCAGUUCACAUUCCCCAAACCGGGCGAUGAGUUUCCCGAGUUUGUCGACGACUUUGGUGGGGGGAUACCGGAUUUGGAGCCCGAGGAGAGGCUCGUGAGCCAGCAACAGGUGAAGAAGAGGAACAGCCUUUUGAGUGAAGCACAGCCGAAGUCUACGUUUGCACCAGCACCUGUAUUUGCACCUGUCCAGGCACCUGCACCGACGCCAGCACCUGCGCCGGCACCGCAGAGGGACCGAGCAGCCUCCGGUGCUGUGUCUGAAUCGGACGAUGGAGGCACACCGUUUUGGCUUCAACCGGACGGGCUCAUGUACAUGGGACCGGGAGCGUAUAACGACAUCAGCCCGUUGCAAGAAGAAGAGGAGGAGCGCCAGCUCGGACAUGAUAAGUCCGGGGAAAAGGUUACGGAGACACCGACAACCGUGACAGCAGCGACACCGAGUACCAUCAAUACACCGCUAUCAGUGGCAGCGGCAACAGCAACGGCAACAGUAACUGCUAAUGCUAGUCCCGGGUCGGCCCGCUCGCAAGCAUCAGUGCCAGCAAGUACAAGCGCGAGAGGCACACCUCUUACUGCGAGCAGCGUGCCGGCGGUUGAGACGCCAGAGCUCGACAGCGCAGUGGUCAUCGCCGAGCCGAGCGAACUCCCGGCCGCAACAACAGCAACGGCAAGCAGUGUCGUGCCUGCAGAGGCAGAGCCGGCUGAAAUUCCAUUGCUGGACGGCCGGCCCGUGACGCGCGACCCGGUCGGGUUUGUUGCGGAACUUGCGAGCGAAGCAACGGCCCCGUGCGCGGAGGACCUCAACCCCGCCCCGGUGGAACUGCCCAGUCACGACACGAUGGUGCACAAUACAGACCCGAUUUCGUACCUCAACGCCUUCGAGCUGGCCCCGGUCGAGCUGCCGUUGACUGAGGCUCGUCCUAGUCUAGCCCCGACGGGCAAUGUGGCCGAUGGGAAGGGGAAGCCGUCCGCGCUGGGAGGGCUGGGAGCAUCAGGAGCCGCAAAGCAAGAGACGGAGCAGGACCGAAAAGCCCAACAGGCGGUCCAGGAGCUGAUGAAGCGGCCCUACACGCCGAGCGGACAGAAUUCUCCCCCAAAACCGGUCCAAGCAUUCUCCCCACCGCCACCGCUCCUUGGCUCACGCCCAGGAACACCGGGAACACCAAAUCUGUUCCAGCCGUACAACCCGGCGAAGCACGCCGUGCUCGGCCCAGCAGCCGCCGUGCCACCAUCAUCCACGUCGCCUCCUCCCGGGGGCCUCGCACACCACCCGUCAGUUCUCCAGCCUGCCCGUGGUCGGCCCGUCCUCCGCAACCAGACGCCCCCGCGGAGCCAAAAUGCCAGCCCAUCCCGGACAUACCAGCCGCCUGCGUACCAGCAGCGCCGGGAUCUGCAGCAGGAUAUCGACGAGACGGUGCAGCUGCUGUCGAACGCGGUGUCUGCUACGCCUCCUCCUAGUCUUACGCCCGGUCCGCCGUCGACUGCAAACCGGCCGCCUGUGUCACGUACAAGCACGGUACCAACCAACAGUCCCGGUUCUGUCCCUCCCCACGUGAAUGCGCGACCGCAGAUGCCGCCGUCUGUCGCUAGCGAGCCGGUCGUGCACACAUUACAUGGUGUGGCAAACGCACCAAAUGUCCCAAACGGACCCAACGGACCAGGUACACAGAACGCACCGAGUGCACCGAGUGCACCAACUCCCGCUCCGCCCCUUGCCAUAGGCUUCUCGGGUCCUCUUCCGCCCUCUGGAGCUGACGUUCCCCCGCCGCUGAAUCUCUCGCGCAAGUCGCCGCCGCCCCCGAGUCAAGCCGGAGCUGGUGCUGGGGUGUCGGUGCCGUUGUCGUUACCUGAGGCUGUUGCGAGCGUGUUUGCUCCUGGGAAUACGGAUGCGCCUCCUCUGGGUGCUCCUCCUGCGGCCGUUCCUGCUCCGGUUGUCGGAGCUGGGGUGUCAGUGCCGCUGUCAUUGCCCGAGGCUGUGGCGAGUGUGUUUGCCCCUGAGAAUGCGAAUCUGCCUCCUGUGGGUGCUCCUGCGGGCGUUCCUGCGGGCGUUCCUCCUGCGGUUGCCGGGGCCGGGGCCGGGGCAGGUGGUGUCGCGCCUGCGGUUGUUACAGCGUCGGUUGUGACGAGGCCUAGGGGGAACACACAAGUCAAUGGCAGUGCCAGUGUUGUGGCGGGUCAGGGACUCCCACGGCCUGCUGGACCAGCCCAGACCUCUGGUUUUCCGAUCGUUGAAGCGGCUCCUGCGCAGGUUUCGAUGCAGAACCCUCCCAUCUUCCCAGGCAGCUCAAUAGCUGCUCAGCCCGUGGGUCCAGCCGGGGGCCUGGGACCGGUGGUGGAAGUGCAGACAGGCGUGCAGCCAGAGCAACCACCAGCGGCUUCACUUCCCGUUCCUGCUGUUCAGAGCUCGCAUCUCGUUGUGCAUCCCCAGCCUCAGCUUCACAAUUCCACCAUCACGCCCCAGGCGCCCACACCUCGCACGCCCAGCCCUGUCUCGCAAGCACCGUCACCGCCCACGCAGGCCAAUACUCUUGUUCCCGCAGCGCCAGGAGCAGAAGCUGGAAACAGAACUUCGAUGCCCCCGCCAGCCCCACCACCAAAGGAUACACCACCACGAGUCGGAAACACAGCUCCAGCAGCACAAGCACAAGCAGCACAGGCAACACCACCGCGGUACACAAUCCCCGUCGGCUACCACCCCCUCGCUUCGCACCCCGUCAACGGAGCCCGAUCCUCCCCGCCGCGGCCGAAACUCCCCACUGCAGCUACUGCCCCCCCUCAGACCCCCCCAGUAGCGCCGCAAAACUACCAGACACCACCGCAGUUCAUGACGCCGGGUUCUAUCCAAGGCCCUCAACCGCCCCGCGCUGCAUCCGUUCCCGUGCCGAUGCAGACACCGGCGCAGAUUGUACCUGGGCAGGGCGGGCCUGUUCCGACACCGCCGCAGCUGUCCCAAAACCCGCCUGCUUCUCAGAACGGGCUUCAAAACCUGGGUCCGGGUGGUGGUACUUUUUCACCGCCGCCGCCUGCUGGUUUGCAAAGGGGGGCGCCCAUUCAUCCUGCGAUCCCUCCUGCAGGUCACCCUGUGGUGAAUCAUCCCGGCGCGCCUGAGACGGCACCACCGCAGAUGCAACAAAUGUUUGCGCCGCCGGGGAUGGGGCCGGAUGUGCCGCAGCCAGUGCAUAUGCAACAGCAGCAACAUCCACAACAGCAAGGGCAGCAUCAACAGCCGCAGCCGCAGCCGCAACAGCAACAACAGCAACAGCAGCAGGGGCAGCCACAGCAAUUCCAGCCGCAACAACAGCAACCGCAGAAUCAGCAGCAACAGCAAUUGCAACAACAACAGCAGCAGCAGCAGCCCCUCCCCGGGGGCCCGCAGCUUGGGAUGUUCCCUCAGCAGCCGGGAGCACCCCACAUGAUGCCGCCAAGCCAGGGGCCAGCGGGGGGCUACGUCAUGCCGCAGCAACCACCACAACAGCAACCACAGCAGCAUCCACAACAGCAGCAGUUUGCCCCGAACCCACAACACCCUCAUCCUCAUCCUCAUCCCCAACAUCCACAUUUUGCACAACCCGCACGACCAAAAGAAGAAAAGGGCUGGUUCGGCCGUCUCUGGGGAAGCGACAGCCCCAAAAAGCCCAUCACCGUCAGCGCGCCCCUGCCAAACACGUUCCAGAAGGGAGCCCCCUUUCCUCAGCAGCAAAUGCCCUUUGGCUUCCCGGGGGCUCAGCCGUUGAAUCAGGGGCCGCCAUCCGGACCACCGGGACCGCAGCAGGGACCGCCACAGGGACCGCCAUUGGGACCGCAGCAGCCCAUCCAGUCUGGUUCGCAGCCGGGGUCUCGGCCGGGGUCGCAGGGACAACCACCGUUUGGACAGACUCCAGGUGGUGGUCCGCUGCCGGCGUAUUUGAUGGUGCAGCAGCAGCAGCAGCAGCAACAAGCUGGGAAGAUGGGGCAGCCGGGACAACCAGGACAACCGGGGCAGCUAGGACAGCUAGGACAGCAGCAGCCCGGUCCGCCUCAGCAACAGCAUCAGCCCCACCAACAACCUCCACAACAGCCCCUCCAGUUCCAACUACACCAGCAGCCAAACCCGCAGCAACAACAACAGCAGCCGCAGCCUCAACAGCAACCUCACCAACAACAGCCCCUCAUGUGGCACGCCGUCAACAACUCCAACGCAAACAGCAACGGGAAUUCACCCCCUGCGCAAAUCCAAAACCCCCAGUUUCCCUCGGUCCGCCCCAACUCUGGCACGCCCGCGCCCCCGCCCGACGUCAUGCAGGGGAUCAAGAAGCAAGAGCAACGGCUGUCCUUGCAGGGACAGCGGUUGUCGUUCCAGCCGGGGCAGAGGCUUUCGUUACAGGGGCAGCCGCCGCCUCAGCUUCAGCCUCCACAGCAGCAGCAGCCGCACUUACAGCAACAGCAGCAGCCGCAGCAGAAGCUCUUGCAACCGGCUGGACAGGGUGGAGGAUUAGUCAAGCGCUUGUCGAAGGCGCCGUUGCCGGCAGCGUCGGCGUAUGAUGGUGCUGGGUGGGGGGAUGAUGAUUUAUCAAAACAACCCUACAGCACCAGCCAAACCACACCAAAUAAACCCCCCAACCCCCCAACCCCCCCAUCAGCCUCCCCAUCAAACCCACCACCACCGCCGCAAGCAAAGUUACAAACCCGCCUCCAAACCCUCCUCACCCGCCUCCCAAAACCCCUCCAACCCUACGCCGCCCGCCUGCGUGGCGCCCCGAUCACGCACAUCGUCGCAUUUCUGGUCCUACACGAGUUGACGGCGGUGAUACCGUUGGUCGGAUUGUUUGUGGGGUUUCAUUAUACCGAGACUGGGGGGAGGGUUGUUCCUACAUUACUCGGCUAUUUUCAAGGUGCUGCCUCUGCUGCUGGUACUGGUACUACUGCCGUUGGGGAGGGGGGUGAUGGGGUUAGGAAAGGUGAAGAAGGGAAGAGUGAGAUGGAACUGGCCGAAGAAAAGUUUGCGAGGUGGUUUAGGCGGAGGGGGUGGUUUGGGUUUGGAAAGGAGGAGGGUGAGACCCAAGGGAACCAAGAAGGACGAACCCAAGGGGGACAAGAGGGAGAGGGAGGACAAGGACAAGGAGCGAGGGUGCUGGUGGAGGUCGGGUUGGCGUAUGUGUUGACCAAGGCGUUGUUGCCGGUAAGGAUUGUGGUGAGUGUGUGGGCGACGCCGUGGUUUGCGGGGGUGUUGGGGGGGUUGAGGAGGUUGGUGAAGUGA